AUGUCGUCGGUGAAGGUGGCGGUGAGGGUCCGCCCCUUCAACUCGCGGGAGAUCGCGCGCGAGUGCAAGUGCAUCAUUGAGAUGUCUGGCAAUACUACAGUUAUUGUAAAUCCAAAAGCACCACCAGGCAACAAAGAUAGCGCUAAAAGCUUCAACUUUGAUUUCUCAUAUUGGUCGCACAAUCCUAGUGAUCCCGAUUUUUCAUCUCAAGUUAUGGUGUAUAAAGAUAUCGGCGAAGAAAUGCUUCAGCAUGCCUUUGAUGGUUACAAUAUAUGCAUAUUCGCCUACGGACAAACUGGAGCGGGAAAAUCGUAUACUAUGAUGGGAAGGGGAGAGGACGGACAGGAGGGCAUCAUCCCUCAAAUAUGUAAGGAUCUGUUCAGGCGCAUACGACAGACCACCAGCGAUGACCUAACAUACUCGGUGGAAGUAUCUUACAUGGAAAUAUAUUGCGAGCGGGUCCGGGAUCUACUUAACCCUAAAAACAAAGGAAACUUACGUGUCCGUGAGCACCCGGCUCUAGGUCCUUAUGUAGAGGACCUCAGCAAACUAGCUGUUAUGUCAUAUCAAGACAUAUACGACCUCAUUGAUGAGGGAAACAAGGCUCGAACUGUGGCGGCUACAAACAUGAACGAAACAUCUUCAAGAUCUCACGCUGUGUUCACGAUCUUCUUCACACAGCAAAGACAUGAUAGGACAACGAAUUUGGUCUCCGAAAAGGUGUCCAAAAUAUCUCUGGUCGAUCUCGCCGGGUCCGAGCGAGCUGACUCCACCGGAGCUAAAGGCACAAGGCUCAAAGAGGGCGCGAAUAUCAACAAGUCACUUACAACCCUGGGCAAAGUCAUCUCGGCUCUGGCUGAAAUUGCAUCAAAAAGCAAGAAGUCCAAGAAGGCCGACUUCAUACCGUAUCGUGACUCUGUACUCACGUGGCUUUUGCGUGAGAAUCUCGGCGGUAAUUCGAAGACAGCUAUGAUAGCUGCCAUCUCUCCAGCUGACAUCAACUACGACGAAACACUUAGUACUUUGAGAUAUGCAGAUCGUGCUAAGCAAAUUGUAUGCAAGGCCGUGGUCAAUGAAGACGCUAACGCCAAACUCAUCCGUGAGCUCAAAGAGGAAAUACUUAAAUUGCGAGAACUUCUCAAGGCUGAGGGCAUUGAUGUCGAAGAAGGACCAGAUGGUAGAGUCGUUUAUGAAAAGAAAGAACAACCUACCACAGGAGAAGAGAACUCGUCCCCGUCACGCAAGAAGAGCGAGUCCGAAGCACUGUCACCCAAACUGUCUCGAGCUGCAACAACGAUCGCAGAGGAAGCCGUGGAUCAGCUACAGGCUUCUGAAAAACUCAUUGCAGAGCUCAACGAAACAUGGGAAGAGAAACUCAAACGAACCGAGCAAAUCCGCGUGCAACGUGAAGCCGUUUUCGCGGAGAUGGGCCUCGCGGUCAAAGAGGGCGUCACCGUCGGCGUCUACUCGCCAAAGAAAACACCGCACUUGGUCAACUUGAAUGAAGACCCUAAUCUAUCAGAAUGUCUUCUUUAUUAUAUCAAGGACGGUGUUACUCGUCUUGGUACGGCCGAGGGAAAUGUGCCCCAAGACAUCCAACUCUGCGGUUCCCACAUACUGAGUGAGCACUGCAUCUUUGAGAAUACCGACGGGGUUAUUUGUCUUAUCCCACAUCGCGGGGCACUCAUCUAUGUGAAUGGACGUGAGGUUAACGAGCCUAUAAUACUAAAGACGGGAUCCCGCGUGAUCCUCGGCAAGAACCACGUGUUCCGCUUCACGCACCCCGGCCAGCCGCGCGAGCACCUGCCCAGCUACAACAACAAGGAUAACACCAUCAAUAAUGAAAAUGACACCCCCAGCACGGUUUCUGAAACGACAAGCGACACGGAAACGGUAGACUGGGACUACGCGCAGUGCGAGCUGCUGGAGAAGCAAGGCAUCGACCUGAAGGCGGAGAUGCAGAAGCGCCUCGUGGCCCUCGAGGAGCAGUUCCGCAGGGAGAAGGAACACGCGGACCAACAGUUUGAGGAGCAGCGGAAGAACUACGAAGCCAGAAUCGACGCGCUGCAACGUCAAGUGGAGGAACAGAGCGUCACAAUGUCCAUGUACAGCUCGUACACUCCGGAGGACUUCCACAACGACGAAGAUAUAUUUGUGAAUCCCCUGUUUGAGACAGAGUGCUGGUCGGCGCGCGAGGUGGGGCUCGCCGCGUGGGCCUUCCGCAAGUGGAAGUACCACCAGUUCACUUCCCUGCGAGACGACCUGUGGGGCAACGCCAUAUUCCUUAAGGAAGCAAACGCAAUAUCAGUGGAACUACGCAAGAAGGUGCAGUUCCAAUUCACCCUGCUAACCGACACGCCAUACUCGCCCCUACCAGCGGAACUCGCGCCGCGCGACGACGGCGACGACGAGUAUCGACCUUCCGCACCCACUGUAGUUGCCGUCGAAGUCACCGACACGAAGAACGGUGCCACCCACUACUGGACACUGGAGAAAUUACGG